CCUUACAAAGCGUCACGAGUUACACUGAUGAUGAUGGGGAGCUCUGAGGAAGAAUAACAGUAGUUAGCUAGCAACUGUUGCAAUUAAUGAAGUAACGGUGAGAGUGGCGAGCUACCGGAGGCUACCAUGGCCAACAUCACGAAGAAAGUGUCGUGGUCCAGCCGAACCGACGAGUCCGGUGCUGCCGGGGAGGGGACACCGCUGCUAAACGGCUCCGAGCAGCCCAAACUCUCCAGACAGCUGUCUGGAGGAGGCAGUAUAUUUCAAAUAGGCAGACUCAGCACGGUGGAUUUGGAGGAGGAGAUAACUUCAGAAGAGGACUCUCUUAGGGGCCGACCAAAAGAGAUCCCACAUAAUGAGAAGCUGCUGUCGCUUAAAUAUGAGAGUCUGGACUAUGAUAACAUUGAGAACCAGCUGUUUCUGGAAGAGGAGAGGAGGAUGAGUUACAUGGGUUUCCGCUGUCUGGAGAUCAGUCGCUGGGUGGUCUGCGGUCUAAUCGGCUUUCUGACGGGCCUCAUCGCAUGCAUGAUAGACAUCGUGGUGGAGGAGCUGGCUGGGAUCAAAUACCAAGUGGUCAAGUGGAACAUCGAGAAGUUCACAGAGGUGGGCGGCCUGUCUAUCUCUCUCAUCCUCUGGGCUGUGCUCAACUCUGUGUUUGUCAUGAUGGGGGCCAUCGUAGUUGCGUUUUUUGAGCCCAUUGCAGCAGGAAGCGGUAUCCCUCAGAUCAAGUGUUACCUGAAUGGAGUCAAGAUUCCCCGGGUGGUGCGACUCAAGACACUGGUGGUGAAAGUGUUCGGUGUUAUCUGUUCAGUGGUUGGCGGUCUUGCUGUCGGAAAGGAAGGUCCCAUGAUUCACUCUGGUGCAGUUGUAGCUGCGGGAGUCUCCCAAGGCAGGAGCACUUCUUUAAAGAGAGACUUUAAGAUCUUUGAAUACUUCCGGAGAGACACAGAAAAAAGAGACUUUGUUUCUGCUGGAGCUGCUGCCGGAGUUUCAGCUGCUUUUGGAGCACCAGUCGGCGGCGUUCUGUUCUCUCUAGAGGAAGGAGCUUCUUUCUGGAACCAGAUGUUGACAUGGAGGAUAUUCUUUGCUUCCAUGAUCUCUACCUUCACUCUGAACUUCUUCCUCAGUAUCUAUCACAACAAUCCAGGUGACCUUUCCAACCCAGGUCUCAUCAACUUUGGACGCUUUGAGACUGAUAGUGUGACCUAUAACCUCUAUGAGAUUCCCUUGUUCAUCGCUAUGGGAGCGAUAGGCGGAUUGCUGGGAGCUCUGUUCAAUGUUCUCAACUACUGGCUGACCAUCUUCAGGAUCAGAUACGUCCAUCGCCCUUGUUUGCAAGUAAUGGAGGCCAUGUUGGUUGCUGCGGUGACAGCGACAGUGUCGUUCACCAUGAUCUACUUCUCCAAUGACUGUCAGCCUCUGGGGCCGGAACACACUGAGGAGUAUCCACUGCAGUUGUUCUGUGCAGAUGGGGAGUAUAACUCCAUGGCAACGGCCUUCUUCAACACUCCUGAGAGGAGCGUCCGUAGUCUCUUCCACAACCAGCCAGGAUCCUACAAUCCUCUGACCCUGGGCUUGUUCACUCUGACUUAUUUCUUCCUGGCUUGUUGGACAUACGGCCUGGCCGUGUCUGCUGGAGUCUUCAUCCCGUCUCUGCUGAUAGGAGCAGCCUGGGGGAGACUGUGUGGAAUACUGCUGGCCUCCAUCACUUCCACUGGCUCGAUCUGGGCUGACCCUGGAAAAUAUGCCUUGAUUGGAGCUGCAGCUCAGUUAGGUGGCAUCGUGAGGAUGACUCUCAGUUUGACUGUCAUCAUGGUGGAGGCCACAGGAAACGUCACAUAUGGUCUUCCCAUCAUGCUCGUCCUGAUGACUUCUAAGAUUGUUGGAGAUUACUUUGUAGAGGGUCUGUAUGACAUCCACAUUAAGCUGCAGAGUGUUCCCUUCCUGCACUGGGAGGCUCCUGCCACCUCUCACUGGCUGACUGCCAGAGAAGUGAUGAGUUCACCAGUCACCUGUUUGAACAGGAUAGAGAAGGUGGGAACCAUUGUGGACGUCCUAAGCAACACCUCCACCAAUCACAACGGCUUCCCCGUCGUCGUGCAGGUUGCUGGUAGUGAUGAGCCAGCGAAGCUCUGCGGCCUCAUCCUUCGCUCUCAGCUCAUUGUGCUUCUCAAGCACAAGGUGUUUGUGGAAUUAGCCCGGUCCCGGCUGACCCAGAGGAAGCUCCAGCUGAAGGACUUCAGGGACGCCUACCCCCGCUUCCCCCCAAUCCAGAGCAUCCACGUCUCCCAAGACGAAAGAGAGUGUAUGAUGGACCUCACAGAGUUCAUGAACGCAACACCUUACACUGUACCAAUGGAAACAUCUCUUCCUCGUGUGUUUAAGCUAUUCAGAGCUCUGGGACUCAGGCACCUGGUGGUAGUGGACGAUGAGAACAGGGUUGUUGGACUGGUGACCAGAAAAGACUUGGCCAGAUAUCACCUGGGCAAACACGGGCUGGAGGAGCUUCAGCUUGCUCAGACAUAGUACUCAGACACACACACACACACACACACACACACACAAACUAUGACAUGUUCACCUGAUGCCUCGUAAGCUGUUGACCACCAGCUAUGCAGCCCACAAAGGACACCAUCAAAGGUCAAGAGAUCACCGUUAUUCUUUGAUGCCAAAAUGUUCGCCAUGACAUCACAACAUACCUACAGGCCUGGGUCAUAACCAAAAAGCCACAUGUAAACUUUUAACUGCCCUUGGUGUAGAAAUUGGAAUUGAAUUGAAAUACCUGUAACUAAUGCACAAAUUUGCUCUGUUAAAUCUAUCUGAAACACUAUCAGAGGUCGCCGAUUUGCUUUGAAGCAUACUGAGUUUUGUACAAGACGGUCGUGUUAUCUCUUUUUUUUUCGGCCCCUGUGCAGGGACAUCAAAUGAUAGCGUAGUGCAGGGCUUUGACACCUUUUGUCUUUUUUUUUUUUUUCUUAAUAAUGAGCAAAAGAGAAGCCAAUGUUUGCAAAUAAUUUUUUUUCCCUGUGCUCGUGCACUUUCAAGGACCUCAUUUCAGAUGUUUUAUGAACCGGGUCGAAUGAAGGAAACAAGAAAAAAGAGAGGAAAGCCAGGUGAGAAGAUUCAACCGAUAUGUGUUAGCCAGGAAAUGGGAAAACCUUUUGCUUUGUUUUGUUUACACACAUUCUCAAUUCUGUUCAUCCUCCUCAACAUUACUUAAAAUAGAUGUCAGUACCCAACAGUUAAGUAAUGAUGCUGGUUAUGUGGUGAUGAGGUGAUACACUAUUUAUUGGCUAUGAUAUCGACUAAUUACACUUUUAAUAAUUCAGGUGGAUGCUUUUUAUGCAUUACAUUUACUUUAGAAUUAUUACGAAAUGACUCGCUUAUUGAACUAAAUGAGAUAUUUAAAGUGGUUCGCUUUGGAAAAACUGAUUUUGAUUGAGUGAGUUCAAGUCAGUACUGUGAACAACUCCACCGACCGCUUAAAGGUCUUAUUUGUCAGUUUAGUAUUUUCUGGGUUUUUUUUGUGUGUGUGUAGAUUUGCACUGAAGAAUGCUGUUAUUUAUUGUUGACGUUGAAUACAUGUUCUGAUUUUUAAGAGUGUGGAUCUGGAUCAUGUUCAUCACAUCCCAUAACUGAAGACUCUUUCACGAGUGUGUUUCAAAGAAAGGAAAUGAGAAUUGUUUGACUGUUGUCCCACAUGGCCACAAGAUGCAGCGUGAGGUAGUUUUAGUUACAAACAGAUCAUGGAGAUAUAGAUCCUUGUUUCUUUUUCUGUCUGAUUUACUGAGCGUAUUUAUAUCUAUACUACUGUCAGUAAAAGUGGUAUUCAUAGGUACGAACAUGUUUUUUUUUGUUUUUUUUAUCCCUAAAAAUGUUUGCACUUUUACUUACUACUGACAAAAAUCUCCUUUUCUUGCAAAAUUCCCACAGGAAGCUCUAGAUGAAUGUAAACCUUUGUUUACCGCAUAUCCUCUGUUCAAACUAAUCAAUUUAUCAUCACAUUACCCAGUCAUGGUGCCACAAACAAAUACAAAUAUUCUGAUUCAUAAUUUAAUUUAAUUUAAUUUUUUUUUUGUCAAUAAGUAAAUCUAACAUUUCCUCAAUUAUUAGUGUUAAGUCUUUUCUUUGUGCACUUUGUUUUUUUUUUUUACACCUUUUGUCUCCUCUGUGCUUGGUUUGGUUGUAUAUUUCUAGACGUUAAAUAUCGACUAUGCUCUAUUUUAUAACCACUGAAUAAGCCUUUUGUCAAUUAAUAAAAUGUAUCUAUUGUUAUAUGAUUUGUGUGUCUAAUUGAUCGAAAGACAUUUUUGAAGGAGUGUUUAAACUCUUUGUAAAAAUACAUUUUUUAAAAUUGUCCAUUUAUAUUUGUUGGCAGCAUUUUUAAUCCAGAGUAUGGCAACUAUUCCUUUUCUACCUGCUCCUCUUGUUGCUUGAAGACAUCUAGAAAAAUAACUUGUUUGAGCAGUAUGUUUUGUAACAUUGAAAGUACAUGAUGUACUAUGUGUGUGACAUGUGUACUUUAUGUAGUACAGCAAUCAUAUCCAGACUAAUGCUGAAAUAAUAAACUGAUUAAUCAAUUAAUGGACAAUAUACAAUACAACAAUA